GGGAAUACGCGAGGGGAGCCGGGAGCGAGAGCGAGAGCCGCCGCCGCGAGAGGAAUUCAGAACAAAGAUAAGCCGGACGUGUGCUUUGGUGUGCUUAACUGGUGCUUACGUGACGUGUACCCAUUGACCGAUUCCGUGAUCGGUUCUCUCGGUGCCUAAAUUCCGAAAGAGAGGCUCGCAUUGCGCGUAUCGCCGCUGAAUCUGGGAACGCUGCGACAGGAGUGGAAAGUAUGUUUUCGAUGGUGAUUUGUCAUGAGUAGACCUCGGCUGCUCAUUGCGGCGGCCACAUUGUGGAUUUAUCACGAGGAGUCGUGAGCCGCGGCACCAAAAACGAAUCUUUGCAAGAAGGAAAGCACAAUUGGUUUUGCAAUUCUCAUAAAAAAACAUCACAGAGACUAAUCCUUCGGUGAAAUAGUUACACAUAUACUACUGCACACGUGGGUGCAUAUAUAUAAUUCCAUACGUGCAUUCCUGUGUAUGUAUGACAUAAGUGUAUUACAUAUGCUAACAAAGAUAAUUGAGUGAGCAGACGUUAGCAAAGAUGUAUAACGUUUGCAGCAAUAGCAGCAAAGACAGUGCCUCCAGCCCGGAAUUAGAGCACGAUAUGAUCAUAGAUCUGAACCUGAUGUCGUCGAGCGAAAAAAAGUUACAGCCGUGUCAAUUUAAAUUGCCUAGAACGUCGGUCAAGCAGUAUCCGCGAAAAAAUAAAUAUCUAUUUCAGUACAAAAUGGGUAAAACCUGCCUCGUUGAUUCUGCCAGGAUGGACAUUUGGUUACGAUCGCCAAAUUCGAAUGUGGAUUGUGAUCCUUAUUGUAUAUACAAGCCAAUUGAAAUGUCCAGAUCGGGCAAAAUAAUGAGAGCGCUCAGCUCCACUAACAGUUCCUUUCGUCACGAAUCCGUAGGAAUAAGAAAGUCGCUCAACUUUGACUCGUCCCCGAGUCCAAAGAGGAGCAGUUGCGACGAAAAUUCCAUCAGUUCGAUCAGCGAUACACCUUUGUCCGUACUAACUUUAAGUUCGACCGAUUCACCCGACAAUAAUGUCCCGGUUACAUCCGCGGAAUCUAUCGACGAAAAUCAGAAUAAAACGCCUCAACAAAGUCGGAAAUAUAUCAGGGGGUCGAGCAGUAGAACUGAAAAUGCGUCCGCACCGACGAGAACGGCUUAUUUGAUGUCGUUGCUCGGAAAGGAACGAAAGAAAAGAACCGACAAAAGUAUCGACGAACAUCACGGAGUAUCUCCCUUAUGCUCAUUCACUGGAUCGAAAGGACCCAGCCGUGUUAUAUCUGCGAGUACACCCAGGAAUCUGACUCAGGAAUUUAAUCAGGAAGUAGAUGCUAGGCCACACACACCUGUGAAUAUGAUAAAUGUAAUUCCAGAAAGUUUAAGUGCUAUCAAGAAGAGCCACAAGAAGGAUAAAUCGUAUUGCCAUGAGGAACAAUCUUCUACUCAGCGAAUGGAUAUUUUUGUAAAAAAUGAUGACUUACUUCCACGAACAACGAUAGAAUCUUCGGGAAUAGGUAUGACUGCUGAAACUAGUUCGAGUACCGCUUCCGAAAAUGAAUCUCAGAAGAAGAACAGAAAUAUCAAGAGAACGCUUAUUUACGAUAAACGUUGCGACACUACAUCAGAUUCUGACGACAGUGUACGAAAGGAAUCCACGUCGACGAAGGACGAUUCGUUGGAAAGUGGAUUAGAUCAAAUAGAAAGUGAUAAAACCCAGGAUAUUGAUUCCAACGAUUGUGACGAGAGUAUGCAAGCCAGCAUAUGUUCCACAGAUGAUAACGAUGAAAAGGAAGAUCAUUCCAACGAGAAUGUUUGCAAUGAAGAAGUAAGUCAAUUAUCGUUGCAGAGGGAAUUGUCGGGUGUCAACUUAACGAGUGAUAACAGAAUGGCGUCUCCAGAAUCUAAUCCAAGUAAAUCUCAAAAUGCCGGCAAAGUAGUUACACCCGAGAACGACGUGAACCUGUUAAAGCACGUGUUGACAGAAUCGAUCAAGAAGUCGCACAAAAAGGUGAAACACGGAAAUAGGAGAACGUUAUUCAAGACGAAAGAUCUCGAUCAGAAAGUGGAAUUGACAAAAUCCGAGACGUCACUUGAGGGUAUUUGUGAUAUUGAUCAGGAUGCCGAGAGUCAGACGGCCGAUGCGAUACGCCCAAUCCCGAGCCCGCGGAAUUCCGAGGUCGAUCGACCGAGCACACCCGAAAACGUAAAUUCAAGUAGACUCUUGCUGCUCGAUUUUAAUUCGGUUAAAAAGUCACAUAAAAAGGACAAACAUAGCAAGAGAACGUUCACUUUCAUCGAGCGCCGUGUUUAUCGUAAGAGAAGAAAUGAUUCGCUACGAAGAAGCAGAUACGAGGAGGAAAACAUUGGCAGAAGCUUGCGCGAGUCUCUCGAAUCGAAGGAAUCUCCCGGUACGAUGCCGCUGAAGAAGAGGCAGAAGUCAGUUCCUGAACGCAAUGUUCCUGAACGAAUGUUCCUGCAGAGUAGUACGCCUAAGACGUUAAGUGCCUUCAUGCCUUUGGCAUGCGAAAAUGUAAAUGACUUUAAGAUUUUUACUCCUAUUAAAAAGCAGCGCCCCGUUACGAAUUCCGCGGACGAGACGUCACUGGAAGACGAUGAAUCCGCGCAGGCGGCGUCGAAGGAAAUUGACUGCUUCAGAUGCGAGACGCCCGUCGCACGUGGCUUCAGAGGAGGCCUGAGGAAGAACGAGGAUCCUGCAUCGGAACGCGAUAACGUUGAAAGAUCGGGGACCGAUGUGAGCCCACAGGCGGCGGACGCUGCAAAUCCGAAGGACAAGAACGAAGGUAGAUCGACUCCGAUAAAUAUGUCGACGACGGAGUUGCUGUGCAACAUCGACUCUAUUAAGAAGUCGCACAAGAAGGACAAGCACAGUCUCAGCAGGAGGCCGAUUUUGAAGAAGAAACGACGGUCGUACAUUGUCGACGAGAGCGGACAUGUCAGUUUUGCGAGUGACGAGAGGAUGUUGGAGGGACCUGCAACUUCAUCCCUGAAGCAUCGCGGAGACAAUUGCUGCGCCGACGAAGAGAUGUGCGGUACUAUGCGCGAAAAGGAAAAGGAUAAGAGUUAUAAAGAGGCCGCUUACGACGAUUCUCAACCAUCUACGAGUCGAGAAGCGGAUAACAUGGAGAAUGCGCAAAACACCACGAAAUCCAAGUUUCUGACUGCGACACCUCCGAACAGCUUGAGAGCCAUGAAUCUGAUCAAACUGCAGUAUACGACUUCGAUUAAAAAGUCUCAUAAAAAGGAACGCGACAUCAAUGCACAAACCAAGUACAUCUUGAUGAGCCAGGAACACGAGUUGUCCGACGACGGAUCGAUAUUCGACGAAGAGGAUAGAGCGAAUUCUAUUGAAAAUGAUAAUAACGCCGAGACAAUAUAAUAGAUGAACUAAUGUAAGGUCUAUUAGACGAUGAUAUUAUCAUGAUAAGAAAGCAUACAAUACGCAAGAUGCCUUAAUAGCAGAUGCAACGACAUUUUCAAUAAGGACUUUUUCUGAUGGAUCUUCAAAUUGAUAUUUUUGAUAAUAUUUUUCAAUUAUCAGUGUUAGAUGUCUUCAACGGUAAAUUCCGAAUUUAACUUAGAAAUUAUGAUUUAGAAUUAUCUUUGCUUUUCCCGCGCACAGAGGAAAUGUUAACUCGCGAAGAAUUUUUUUGUUUCUAACGCAAAGAUUAUUGAAAUCUUGUUGGACUAGAGUGUUGGAUGUUUUUUUUUUGUUUAAGUAGAACGAGUACUAAUAUUAAUAAAUAUUAACUACAAUUAAACUAUCGUGAUCAUGUUCUUUGUGUACUCUUUUUAAAAAAAUUUAGACGGUUAACUGAACGAAAGCUAUUUUUAUAAAGUGUAGCUGAUUAUUCUAGAAUUUAGAAUUCUGUUCAAGCUAAUUCAAUUGAAUGAUUAAACGAGAUGCGACGUUCGUAAGACAGAUUGAUUGGUUUUGUUCUUGCUUCGAAUGAUUCGAGCUAAAUUUCGCAAGUAUCUUAACGGAAGUAUCUUCUGCGAAAAAAAAAAAUGCGAUAUCCGAUAAUUUAGGACAGUAUGCUUAAGACAACAAUAUCUUUCUAUGCUCGAACUCUCUU